AUGCAAAUGGAAAAUAGAGUGAAAGACAGUUUUCACCCGAAGAUAUUCAGAUCCACAACAAUAGAUGCAGCUUUAGAUAAUGACAGUAGUAUUCUUGCAGUACAGUUAAGCUCUCUGACCAAUGUGUUUCAAGUUUACACUCAACCAGAGCAGUUUACUGUUGCUGACGUUCACAGAAAACCCAGUCAUUCACCAGUACAGUUAACUGCUGCUGCAGUUCAUAGAAAACCUAACUGUUCACCAGUACAGUUAACUGAUGCUGUUGUUCACACAAAGCCUAACUAUUCACCAGUACAGUUAACUGAUGCUGUUGUUCACACAAAGCCUAACUAUUUACCAGUACAGUUAACUGAUGCUGUUGUUCACACAAAGCCUGACUAUUCACCAGUACAGUUAACUGAUGUUGUUGUCCACAUAAAACCUAACUAUUCACCAGUACAGUUAACUGAUGCUGUUGUUCACACAAAACCUAACUAUUCACCGGUACAGUUAACUGAUGCUGUUGUUCACACAAAACCUAACUAUUCACCAGUACAGUUAACUGAUGCUGUUGUUCACACAAAGCCUGACUAUUCACCAGUACAGUUAACUGAUGCUGUUGUUCACACAAAGCCUAACUAUUCACCAGUACAGUUAACUGAUGCUGUUGUUCACAUAAAACCUAACUAUUCACCAGUACAGUUAACUGAUGCUGUUGUUCACACAAAGCCUAACUAUUCACCAGUACAGUUAACUGAUGCUGUUGUUCACACAAAGCCUAACUAUUCACCAGUACAGUUAACUGCUAUUGCUCUUCACAAACCUAACUAUUCACCAUCAUAG